AGAAAAGUCCUUCCAGGAACUGGAGAGAGAUCUGGCACCCUGCUAGGGCCAAGGUAGUGAGAGGUUUCUAGAGAAAAUGCUACCCCUGGUGAGGACCAUGUCCCUGUUUCCAUCGCUUUCUCUCCUUCUCCUGAGUAUGGCGACAGCAUCUUGUUCAGAAACAGAAUCCUGUGAUAACGUCCAAAAGACAUGCCCUGUGAUCACCUGUGGUUCUCCAGGCAUCAACGGCUUCCCAGGAAAAGAUGGGCGUGAUGGUGCCAAGGGAGAAAAGGGAGAACCAGGCCAAGGACUCAGAGGCUUACAGGGCCCUCCUGGAAAGUUGGGGCCUCAAGGAAUCCCAGGGCCUCCUGGGUUACCAGGAACAGUAGGCCAAAAAGGAGACCCCGGAAAAUGUCCAGAUUGUGAUAAUGGCCUGGCUGCUUCAGAAAGAAAAGCUCUGCGAUCAGAAUUGGACCGUAUGAAAAACUGGCUGAUCUUCUCUCUGGGCAAACAAGUUGGGAAGAAGGUAUUCUUGACCAGUGGUGAAAAGAUGACUUUUGAUAAAGUGAAGGCUCUGUGCGCCCAGUUCCAGGGCUCUAUGGCCACACCCCUGAAUGAGGAGGAGAACAAGGCCAUCCAGAAUGUAGCCCCGGAAGGGGCCUUCCUGGGCAUCACAGAUACACAGACUGAAGGCCAUUUUGUGGAUCUGACCGGAAGGGCUGUGACCUACCAAAAUUGGAAUAACAACGAGCCCAAUGACGCUGGCUCUGGGGAAGACUGUGUGAUCAUCCUGACAGAUGGCACAUGGAAUGACGUGACCUGCUCAUCCUCCUCUUUGGCAGUUUGCGAGUUCCCUGUCUGAGGGGGCACAUCCCUCAGCCCCUCCCCCACCCCACCCCCAGUCCCUUUACCUCAUCUCAGGCCCUGGGUCUGCUUUGAAAGAUAAAUCUGUAUCAAUUUUCCAAUAACAAGUAUUGAUUUUCCUCUUUGUGGAGAAUCAGAGAAAGUGAGAAUAGAUUGAAUGAAGGGAUGUGGGAGGUGAGAAGUGAGAAGAAACUGACAGUGCUGCAACGAAACUUUCUGGUUCAGACCCAAUUACUAAUAAUACUCACUAAACAAAAUUGUAACAGUAGUAGUAACUAGUAGCAACAAUAGUAGUAGUACUGAUAAUAUAUUUUAAAUGUUUACUGUGAAUCAGACCCUACGGAUAUUAUGCAUCUUAUACUAAUUAUAUUAUUCAUAUAAUUUAUGUAAUAUUAGUAUAAUUUAUUUAAUAUUUUAAUUAGGUUAUACACUUUUGUUUGAGUAGUGUUAACUUGCUAAGGUUUUAAAAUAAAAUGGAUUUAUUUUUCCAUGUACUAUAAA